AGAGGAAAGUGGAAAAUAGUGGUUGCAGUGUUGUUUCAUUUGAAAGAGAACUGGAAAGAGAAGUCAUGCACAGACUGGGAGGUACUUGUGGUGUGACACAUGCAGAGAUUCUGCCUGCUUAUUGACCAUGAAGGAAACAGACCGGGAGGCUGUUGCAACGGCAGUCCAAAGGGUUGCUGGGAUGCUUCAGCGUCCAGACCAGCUAGACAAAGUGGAGCAGUACCGCAGAAGGGAGGCUCGGAAGAAGGCCUCUGUGGAAGCCAGACUAAAGGCCGCAAUCCAGUCACAGCUGGAUGGGGUGCGCACAGGCCUGAGCCAGCUUCACAACGCACUGAAUGAUGUCAAGGACAUCCAGCAGUCACUGGCCAAUGUCAGCAAGGACUGGAGGCAGAGCAUCAACACUAUUGAGAGUCUCAAGGAUGUCAAAGAUGCAGUGGUACAGCACAGCCAACUGGCUGCUGCUGUGGAAAACCUCAAGAACAUAUUCUCAGUGCCCGAGAUUGUGAGGGAAACCCAAGACCUGAUCGAGCAGGGGGCCCUCCUGCAAGCUCAUCGGAAGCUGAUGGACCUAGAGUGCUCUCGGGACGGCCUAAUGUGUGAGCAGUACCGCAUGGACAGUGGAAACACACGGGACAUGACUCUUAUCCAUGGCUACUUUGGCAGCACACAGGGGCUCUCUGAUGAGCUGGCUAAGCAGUUAUGGAUGGUGCUACAGAGGUCGCUGGUCACAGUCCGUCGGGACCCCACCUUGCUGGUCUCCGUGGUCAGGAUCAUUGAAAGGGAAGAAAAAAUUGACAGGCGGAUACUUGACCGUAAAAAGCAAACUGGGUUUGUUCCUCCUGGGAGGCCCAAAAAUUGGAAGGAGAAAAUGUUUGCCAUCUUGGACAGAACUGUGACAACUAGAAUUGAGGGCACACAGGCAGACACCAGGGAAUCCGACAAGAUGUGGCUGGUGCGCCACCUGGAAAUCAUUAGGAAGUAUGUCCUAGAUGACCUCAUUGUCGCCAAGAACCUGAUGGUGCAGUGCUUCCCUCCCCAUUAUGAGAUCUUUAAGAACCUCCUGAGCAUGUACCACCAAGCACUGAGCACGCGGAUGCAGGAUCUUGCAUCAGAGGACCUUGAGGCCAAUGAGAUUGUGAGCCUCUUGACAUGGGUCUUAAACACCUACACCAGUGCAGAGAUGAUGGGGAAUGUGGAAUUGGCCCCAGAAGUGGAUGUCAGUGCCCUGGAGCCUCUGCUCUCUCAAAAUGUGGUCUCUGAGCUGCUCGACACAUAUAUGUCAACACUCACUUCCAACAUCAUUGCCUGGCUGCGGAAGGCCCUGGAAACAGACAAGAAAGACUGGAGCAAAGAGACAGAACCAGAAGCUGACCAGGAUGGCUACUACCAGACAACACUCCCUGCCAUUGUAUUCCAGAUGUUUGAACAGAAUCUUCAAGUUGCUGCUCAAAUAAGUGAAGAUUUGAAAACAAAGGUACUGGUUUUGUGUCUUCAGCAAAUGAAUUCUUUCCUAAGUAGAUACAAAGAUGAAGCCCAGCUGUACAAAGAAGAGCAUCUGAGGAAUCGGCAGCACCCACACUGCUACGUGCAGUACAUGAUCGCCAUCAUCAAUAACUGCCAGACCUUUAAAGAGUCUAUCGUCAGCUUGAAGAGGAAGUACUUAAAAAAUGAAGUGGAGGAGGGCAUGUGUCUGAGCCAGCCCAGCAUGGAUGGGACUCUAGAUGCCAUCGCGAAGGAGGGCUGCAGCAGCCUGCUGGAAGAGGUCUUCCUGGACUUGGAGCAACAUCUGAAUGAACUCAUGACAAAGAAAUGGCUGUUAGGGUCAAAUGCUGUGGACAUCAUCUGUGUCACUGUGGAAGACUAUUUCAAUGAUUUUGCUAAAAUUAAAAAGCCAUAUAAAAAGACAAUGAUGGCUGAAGCGCACCGGCGCAUCGUGGUGGAGUACCUGAGGGCUGUCAUGCAAAAGCGCAUCUCCUUCCGGAAUGCAGAUGAACGCAAGGAGGGUGCUGAGAAGAUGGUCAGGGAGGCUGAGCAGCUCCGCUUCCUAUUCCGGAAGCUGGCAUCUGGAUUUGGUGAAGAUGCAGAUGGACACUGUGACACGAUUGUGGCGGUAGCAGAGGUUAUUAAGCUCACAGACCCUUCUCUGCUGUAUCUGGAAGUCUCAACUCUGGUCAGCAAGUAUCCAGAUAUCAGAGAUGACCACAUUGGUGCAUUGCUGGCCGUGCGAGGGGAUGCCACCCGGGACAUGAAGCAGACCAUCAUGGAGACGCUGGAGCAGGGCCCCACGCAGGCAAGCCCCAGCUAUGUGCCCAUCUUUAAGGAGAUCGUCGUGCCCAGUCUGAAUGUGGCAAAGCUCCUCAAGUAACCUUGUCUCCUGCGUGUGCAUGUCACUGUGACUUUGCGACCCACCCUCAGAAGUGCAUUAAAGAGCAGUCACUUUCCAGGAGCACUGUUUGGUGUUAGUCAUGGAUGCCCAUCUUUUCUAGUGCUAAACUGCGGGUAGGAUGAGGUGCUUUGACGUGACUGCUGGAGGGUAAUGAUUCCACAGGUUUCCUCACCUUGUGAAAGUGCUUUGUGAGUUCUUUCCUGCUGUGAAACCUCUCUCGAUUGCUUGUUGUGGUGGAAAAGUGUGUGGUAGGCAUCCCUUGCUCUUCCCCACUCAGGUCUUGCUCUGCCUGGCUUGUAGGACCUCUGCCACCUAAUUAAAAGGAAACAAAAGCCAGGUGACUUGUCAUUCCCAGCUGACUGGUGGUGAUGCAGCUAUGCCCAGAAACUGAAGAAGCAGGUCAGUUCCCAACAAUUGUUCAGGCAUGGUUCUGCCCCUGCCUUUCUGACUGUCCCAAGAGCAACUCCUCAAUUCCCUUGAUGAAGAAGAAACUCACCUGCUGGACCCAGUGAGCCCCACUCAGAGCAGAACCCCCAAAUGGGUUGGGUGCAAGCUAGGCCAUAUGUACCAGCAAGUUGAGCAAUGUCAUGAGUAUAAAUUUUGGUAAAGUCGUGUGUGAAAGUGAAUGUUUGGAAUUUAUUCUAAGAUCUUUGUAUCAUGCUUAUGAUAGAGUCCCUAAAGUCUCCUUCCCUAACUUAGUCAUCCUUCUACAACAUUUGCCUUCAACGGUGUCAUCAUUUUGCACAUUAAUUUUAAGCUAAGUUAAUUAAGGGAUUACACCCAGAAUGAAUGGUGAUCUUGUGGAUCCCCCAUGCUGUCCUCAGAGAGCAGACUGCUCACAUGUCCACAGAGCAACACUGAUGCAGUUGUGUGAGGGAAAGGUGUGGCCUGUGUUUCCUUGCCCUAGAUCUCUGUGUACACAAAUGGUCAUUCCCCCAUCCUUGUUUCAGAGCCUCAGGGACUUCCCGAGUCAGGAGGUGGAGGGCAUAGCCCAUCCCAUGGGCCUCACCCUGUAUGACCACUCUGUGGGGACAAAUGCUUUAUUUUCUCUCCAUCUUUGAAAUGGUAAAGUUGA